AUGGUGGUUGCUCUGGAAUACGGAAUUGCUUACCAUUGCUAUGGAAACGGAAAGGUUUGGGAUGAUUUGGAGCUUCUACACGAGCGAUACCCCGAUCAGUUUGUGAUGUCGACUGAAUGUUGCCAAGAGUUCAGUAAAAGAGCCACCCGUACCGUAAUGGAGCUAGGUAGAUGGGAACACGCCCAAGUCUACGCUAGAGAUAUUAUGAAUAAUUUGCAACAUUGGACCCGAGGUUGGGUUGAGUGGAAUCUGGUGCUCGACAUGUAUGGUGAGCCCAAUUGGGCCAAUAUGUCGGCGUUGGCACCGAUUCACGUCAACCACACGGCCAACGAGUACUACAAAGACUCGACUUUUUAUAUUUUGGGACACUUUUCCAAAUUCUUAGUCAAAGAUUCGGUGAGAGUUGGCUCGAAAGCGGACAAAACGGGCGACAAUUUUAGUUACACGGCGUUUGUCAGACCCAAUGAUAACGCGACGGUUUUAGUCGUCUAUAAUCUGAAAGAUAAACCGCAAGAGUUUAUAAUUGUUGAUAAAAGUGUCGGUCAGAUAAACACCCGAAUGGAGGCGCGUUCGGUACAGACUUAUAUCUACUGGGAUUAA